AUGGUGCUUGGGCCUCCUGGUGAGUCAGCCCUACCAUUUAUCCAUGUCACCCAAGAAUUGAUGAGCCUUGCCAUCAUCUUCCCCCCAACACUCAUCAGUUCCUUGGUGCACACAGCAUCUCCAAGCACCCUCAGUCUUUCAGCAUUUUCAUUCGUACCUCAUCAUUGUCUCUUUGAUCCUCAUCCCUUUAUGACUGAAACUGCUCCUGCUGCUGGGAACCAAUCAGCUGAAGAUACACUGACUGUCACACACAAUCCUCUUCCUGUCAAAACUGUGGCUCAGUGCAACAAGGUCAUUGACGACUAUCGUGGUGGUCUGGUGACCAAGAUUGAGGCAAUUACAAAGAUCCAAGAUAUUGUAUCUGAUAAUGUUGGAGUCAAGCAAGCCAACACUGCUCUCAAGGCUGUCGGGUCUUAUUUGGCCAUCCUCAACAACUUUGACCACUUCCGAGACAAUGCUGCCAACCGUCAGCAACAAGUCAACGAGAACACAGGACCAACUGCUGGAGGAGGUGGCGAUGAUGGGGAAUCAUUGGGUGGAGCUGCCUCCAGCAUGGCUGGCACUACUGCUGGAGGAGCCAACAAUGAUCAUCCGACAUCUGAGGGGUCCCAGUUGAAGCCAAACGCUGUAGGGUUGUACUUCAAAAAGGAUGCAAUAUCCCUGAGAAACCGGGGAUACCAGGAUAGGCAUCCAUAUCUUGAUGAGCUCAUUGCAACUGUGAGGGCUGACCCUUUAACAGUACUGGCUGCAGCUGACGGCUCUGUCCCUCGGUCCAACCAGUAUCAGGUGGCUUCAGCUGCCAUAAUCUACAAGGGACAUCACAAGCUUGAAAGGACUCGAUAUGUCUCUGGCAGAGUCACCGCCCCUGAUGCGGAACUCAAUGCCAUCGCAUGCGCAGUGUGCCUUGCUGUUAAGCAGGCAAACUGCCAACAUAUUAUGGCCUUUACUGACUCUAUGGGCUCAGCCCAUAAAGCAGUAGACCCCUCUGUACACUCUGGUCAGGCUUUCAGUCUGUCAGUCUGUCGCGCUCUCCAAGAGUGGUUUGAGGUGGAUGAUCUCCGCCCAUUGCUUCAAGAUUAA